GCCAGACGGCACAGGUGUAACAGGUAGCAGGUAACAGGAACAUAAGGAGCUGCAGCGUGGAUCUGCAAGUCAGAGCGAAUCACAGCGUCAGUCAGGCACCAGCAGCAGAGGCACACUUCUCACAGAGCGGAUUAUUUGCUCUCUUGUUCUUGUUUUGAGGAGAAAGCAGAUGCGAUGUGGGAGUCCUGUGAACUGAGCAGCAUCCUUACCAGCGCAAACUGGACCAUGUACCAGAGCAGCGCACCUGAACCUCCGGCCGCGGGGUCCUACACCGAGCAGCUGCCGCCAUUGGCCGGUUCGCACGUCAGUUCUGUUCACAGUGCGCCCGAGUCAGAUAAAUGGUACCACAAGCCCCCCCAGGAGUGGACCAAAGGCCACAUCCUGGAGUGGAUCAGCCACCACGUGGAGGAGAGCCAGUUUGACGCCAGCCUGCUGGACCUGGCCCGCUGCUCCAUGGACGGGCCCGCCCUGUGCCGGCUGUCCCGCGACGCCCUCCUGUCCACGUUCGGCUCGCUGGGGGAGCGGCUGUUCCAGAGCCUCCUGGAGCUCAAAGCCCAAUACGGCGAAGGCGAUCUGAAGAUGACCUGCGACUUCUUUAACAGCCUAUUCGAGGGGUACCCCGAAAUCCUGAACGUGAGCGGCGGGGAAAGCAGCUAUGACCUCCUGAUGUCAGACGAGAGGUCCGACCUCUGCAGCUUCGCUCAAAAUGGCUGCGAGGCGUUCGGGGACAGGACGCCGUCCAGCGACAACGGCUACGAAUCCGGACGCACGUCCCCCGGCAGCCUGGACAACUCCGUCACAGGGGCGCUGGGCUUCCGGAACCUCGACUCUCCGUCCUCCGCGGGGAGCGACUCGGAGCCCGACCGGAGCGAGGAGCCGUCCCCUCGCCGCGCAGAGCUGAAGCGUCGCAGGGGGAGGCCCAAGAAACACAGCCCGGGACCCGAGCCCUUCCGGCCCAAGAAGAGCAAAUAUGUAGCGCGGGGGACGCACCUGUGGGAGUUCAUCCGGGACAUCCUGGUCCACCCCGAGAAGAACAACGGCCUCAUGAAGUGGGAGGACCGCAGGGAGGGGGUCUUCAAGUUCCUCAAGUCGGAGGCCGUGGCCCAACUCUGGGGCCAGAGGAAGAAGAACACCAGCAUGAACUACGAGAAGCUCAGCCGGGCCAUGAGGUACUACUAUAAGAGACAGAUCCUGGAGCGGGUGGAUGGCCGGAGGCUGGUGUACAAGUUUGGGAAACAGUCCAAUGGCUGGAGAGAGGCAGAAGUGGGGCUGAGUGUCUAAGGAGAUGAAGAUUAACCCUUGGGAGCCCAGACGGACACGUUGCCCAGGGAAACAGAGGGGAGUGACCCUGCUGCAGAACACAAAUGCUGCAAACAUCUUCUCACGUCGGGGGUGGGGGGGAGAGGUGUAGCACAAGACCGUAAGCCAAUAUUUUGGCUAAUGUAGGUUGUAUGAACCAAAAUGUUUUAAUUUUAAGUAUAUGUUCCUACUGUGUGUAUGUGUUUAACGCUGGUCUGUUUAACAUUCUCAGAGUCACUGCAGAGUACUUGACAGACCGUAUAAAUUAGUAGGAGACCUGUGCUUUCAUCAAAGCACAAUUCUACAGCAUAGCCCCAAGUGACUAACUUGGAACAGAAGACUUCAGUUGUCUUAUUUUAAUUAAAAAAUAGGACUCAACUGUCAAUAAAUUGCUUUUGUUCAGAAAUAAGUAAGUACUAUAUACUAUAUAAAUAUCCACAAGUGUACAUGUAUGUAUAUAUCAAUGUAUUUUCAGCUGACAUGGCUGUAAUAUGAUUUGCUGAUUGAUUAUAUUUUGUAUGAGCUCAUUUGCGAUUUUUACUUUUGCAUCUUUGUUUUUCAUGGUUGUUUCUCAUCUCCAAGAGACUCCUUUAAUAAAGACAAUUUCAUACCAAA